AUGGGAUCCUGUUCAUCUUGUCUCCGACUUCUUCUCGACGCCGAAUCUGACGUCAAGAUUCACGGUGGGUGUACUUCAAUGCAGAUGACAUAAUCCUUCCACAAAUUUAGAUAAUCUUGUUCCAGAAAAAUGUAAUUUUUUCAGUUAUCGAGCCAACCUCAAUCAACAACGCCGACGGAGCUUCGAUCGCCACGGUGAACCGAGAUCCUCCGAUUCCGGCUUCUGUUCCGGCUCCCACCACUCCGGCUCCGGCUCCAACUGCUACGUUGCAAGUACCCGGACUCCACAGAGUUCGCACUCCGGAACCCACCGAUCGUGAGUGAUGAAUUUGGCGUGAAAUUGGAAAACUUAUGUUGCUAUUUUUCAGCUCGCGUUGCCAAUAUGUGA